GGUGUUUGGGUACUCGUGAGGACAGAUGAUCGUACACGCAUUUGAGAUCUUCAUUUUCCCCUUUUCUUGGAAAAAAAAAAAAGGUAAAAACCCUUCUCCAUUGUAGUCAGCAUCCUUCAACCAACCCACAACACAACUUCCAAUGCCACAUCGAACGAUCUAGUCAAAUAACCAAUACCAAUAUCACCUCCAAUUCACCUCUUUCGCAAAACUCGCAUCUUUGAAUCAAAUCCAAGCAACCCAUUUCAGGAAAAAGUCGACUUCUUAUUACUUAUUAGGGCAUCUUAUAGUUUCUCGAAUUAGGAACAACUUCUUUUUGACUCUUCUGCUGGAAACUCAGCUCAGAUGGACGAAGCAGACAACAUUAAAAGAAGAAAAGAUGGGAAUUUGAUCUGGAUACCUGUAAAUUGGAUUAGAAUGCUGAGCGAUGAAUUGAGCUGGAGAUUUGUUCUAGCUGUCGUGAUUGUGUACGGAAUCAAUCAGGGCACGAGCAUUGGUCUGUAUCGUGUGAGCGUACAAUACUACAUGAAAGAUGUGCAGAAGCUACAACCUUCCGAAGCACAGUUUUACUCUGGGAUUAUUCAAAUUCCAUGGGUUAUUAAGCCUCUUUGGGGUCUUAUGACUGAUAUUGUUCCCAUUUUCAGAUUAAGAAGACGCCCUUACUUCAUAUUUGCCGGUUUAAUCGGUUCCAUGGCGAUGCUAGUACCCGCAUUUAGCACAAACUUGUCACUUGUAUGGGCAAUAUUGUCUUUUAUGACAGCAAGUGCAGGGGUUGCUAUAGCAGAUGUGACUAUAGAUGCGUGUGUGACAGAGAACAGCAUAAGCCAUCCUUCUCUUGCUGGCGACAUGCAGAGCUUGUGUGGUAUUAGCUCCUCUAUUGGCCAGCUUGUUGGGUUUGCUUUAAGCGGUGUUCUUGUUCAUAUGAUUGGACCUAAGGGUGUAUUUGGUGUACUAAGUAUCCCAGCCGGGCUUGUCAUGUUGGUCGGGUUUAUGUUGAAAGAGCCCUUGGUCAACAGUUAUUCUCACAAACGGGUUAGCCAAAAGUUUUUUGAUGCUAUUAAAACUAUGGUGACAGCUCUAAAAAGCCCGGAUGUUUGGCGACCUAGUUUGUAUAUGUAUCUAUCACUUGCAUUGGGGGUGAGCAUACAUGAAGGAAUGUUCUAUUGGUACACCGAUGCGAAGGCUGGCCCAUCUUUCUCCCAGGAAGUGAUCGGAUCCAUAUUUUCCGUGGGUGCCAUCGGUUCACUUUUGGGUGUUCUGCUAUACCAAAAUGUCUUCAGAAACUAUCCCUUCCGCAGUGUACUAUUUUGGACUCAACUCCUAUUCGGUGCUUCAAGUCUUCUCGAUUUAGCAUUAGUAUUACGUCUAAACCUAAAAUUUGGUGUACCGGAUUACAUCUUUGUAGUAGUGGACGAAGCGGUUUCUAAAAUGAUCGCACGUCUCAAAUGGAUGCCACUUCUUGUUCUUAGUUCCAAAUUAUGCCCAUCUGGAAUCGAAGGCACUUUCUUUGCUUUGCUAAUGUCAAUCGAUCAUGUUGGAAUGAUGUCUUCUUCGUGGGCUGGAAGCAUACUGCUUCAUGCCCUAAAUGUCACGAGAAUUGAGUUUGAUAAUUUGUGGGUCGCGAUAUUGAUUCGGAGUUUUGCAAGGCUUUUUCCAAUUGCGCUUUUGUUUUUGAUUCCUAGAAAUGAUCCGAAUUCUUCAAUUCUUCCAUCUGAGUUGUUGAGGACAAAAAAGGGCGAUGAUGUAUUGGAGUCUGAGAGUGAGGAAAUGAUGUCUCUGGUUAAUAAUGGUGUAUGAGUUAUGAUUGAAGGUGGUUUUUGAUCAUGAAUCGAAGUGGGAAAUGAAGCAGGGGGUUAUAGAAUGCAAUUUACUUCAUGUACUCACAUUAAUAUACUACUCUCACUUAGGAGAUUUAAAUCAUUCUUACAAGCUUAUAAAAUCAUAUAUUGCAUCCAUAGAUUUGUAAUAAAACAAUUUAGAAGAAUGUAUGUAUUAAAAAGAUUAAUAUCAUUGUAACAAACUAAUAAUAUUUUCAUAAAUCAC